AUGAGAACGAUAUCUGUGGGUUUCACAAUUUACGAAGCGCAGAAGCUAGAAGUGGACGACAAAACUUUGCUGGACCCUUUAGUAGUUGUCCGUUGUUGUAACAAAGAAUAUGAGAGUCACAUAUGGGAUAGAAUAAUAUUGUCUGAAAUUGAAUGGAAUGUAGCAAAAAUUGAAUUUGAAAUUCAAAGUGCAAAUAUAUUUUUGAGAAACGAUAUAAUUGGUGUAAUUUCAUUUGAGCUUAAAUUAAUUAAAAAUAAAAAAAAUCAUGAAAUAUAUGGAACAUAUCCUAUAUUAUAUAAAAAUGGAACCGAGAUAAGAGGUCAGCUAAGAUUAAAAGUGAUAGUAUGUGAUGAAAAAGAGUAUAUAACAAAUAAUGAAAUAUUCAAUGAUUUAACACAAGGGGAUAAUAAAUACAAUAACAUAUCAGAGAAUGAUGAAGAUUUUUAUACAGAUUUAACAAAAGCUGUUGUAGAAGAGAAUAAUAUUACAUUAAGAGAUAAUACAAGUACUAGAUUUUAUUAUUUAUAUGUUAACAUACAUAAAAUAGAAGAUAUAUAUGUAGAUAUAAACAAAAAGAAAUAUAGAGAUUUAUAUAUUACUUGUGACUUUAAUGGGUGCCAUUUAAAAUCAAGUCAAGGUAGAAAUUGUACUAACUAUACAUUUAACGAAUGUUUUAAAAUACCUAUUGCAACUCCAAUUUUAGAAGAUUCUAUAGUGAUCAAGAUAUGGGAUUGGAAUUUUUUAACAAAUGAUGAAUUACUAGCUAUUGGUGUUUUAUCAUUUAAUCAAAUAAAAAACAAAUCAAUUAGUCCUACAUGGUUAAAUUUAUAUGGGUUUCAUAAAGAUGAAAUAAAUUUAGAGAAUAUUUCAAGUUACGAAUUAUGUAAUGAUUUUAGUUUAUCACUUGAGGGAAAUUACUAUCUAGGAAGAAUAUGUAUUAGUUCAUAUGUUGAACGUAUAAAUAAUUUUGAUAAUUUAAAUAUUGCCAUGACACAAUGUUGUUUAGUGGAUGAAGACCCUUUAUACAUUCCAAUUACACUACUAUGUGAUGUUUAUUUAGUUACUGGUAUAUUGGCUCAAAACAUAUAUGUUCAGUUGUCUUGUGGUCCCUAUUACAAAAAUACUGAUUAUGUUACGUCUAGCAAGAUAGAACAUUUGUCAAGUGGAAGAAAAGUUAAACCUGUCAAAAGUAUUAAGUAUAAUAGAAAUGUAAAUCUUAAAAGUUAUCCAAAAGAAGGAAGAGAUUUUUUCCAUUCUCUCAAUUUUGAUAACCUCUUAAAUCUGGACAACUUUUUCAAUGAAGUCACAGAAAAACAAAAAAUUAUUGAAAAUAAUGAAAAUACCGAAUUUUAUUUUAGCUCUAGGAAGGGAAAAAUAGAGAAUAUGAAACUGUGUGUUGUAAGGGACGAAUUACAACAAUGGGAUGUUUUAAUAAAUGUCUAUGAGAAGACAGAAAAUUCCUACAGUGAGAAUAUUUUUAAUAGCUUCCUGUACCCUUCUGCUUCCGGUAUUGCGAAUAAUCUUGGCUUGUUGGAAAACGUCGAUACAGAUAACAAUGGGAAUAAUAGUUCUAAUAGGAAUGAUAACCAUAGUGCCAACCGUAGUGGUAAGCGCAGUUCUAAUCGGAGUGCUAACCGUGGUGGUAAUAAUUACAACUUCGGGGAAGCAGAACAGAAACUGACGGACCAGCAGGGGUACAGAAGGAGAAAAAAUGAAAUACAUAAUUAUGAAGAACAGAAGGGAAGCACUAAUGAUAGAAGAAUUGCUUACUAUAGGUUACCACUAAAAAAUGUUCUUUUACAUAAUGAGAAAUUAUCAAGGUGCCCCAUUUGGAUACCUCUAAAAAAUAUUCCAAGGAAUGUAGAUAGUGAUUUUAAUUGUAUGUAUAAUAUUUUUCAAAACGGAUCUAUAUUAAUUAAUUUAGAAAAAUCUUAUGAUGUACAAUUAGGAUUAAAUAGAAGAAAAAAUUUAAUACCUGUUAGUUACGAAUUGAGAUGCUAUAUAUAUGCAUGCAGAAAUGUGAUAUCCCAUUUUAAUAAUUCGCCAAAUACUUUUGUUCAUGUAUCUUGUUCAGGAAAAAUGAAAAUUACAUCAUUAGUCUUAAAUAAUUCUAAUCCUGUAUUUUUACAAUGUUUAAAAUUAAAUGUAGUUAUUUUAACUGACUAUUCUAUUGGUUUACCCACUAUACCUCUUAUUGUUGUAACGUUGUAUGAGUUUUAUAAUAACACCUUUUAUUUUAUUGGUAGAUGUUUUUGCAAUUAUGACAUAUACUUACGAGAUGGUCAGAAGAAAUAUAAUAUUGAUGGUAGAGGAUCUAACUAUAAUGUUGUUCAGCAAAUAACACCAAAAUGGGUUAAACUAAAAGGAAGUAAACAUAUAAAAGCUAUGUAUUCAAGUAAUUUAUGGCAGCAAUAUGGGAAUGACAAGAGGAUGAUGCAGGAGUACUUGUAUGAGAAGCAAAGGGAGAUCCAUAAUAAUAGUGAUGGUAAUAUUUGCGAUGGAAAGGAUGGUGGAAGCUAUGCCAAAGGCAGUAAAGGGAAAGGCUACCAGCACAACGACCUUCUGCGUGGAGAAAGGGUUGGUGAUAUUUUACUUUACUUUGAGCUAGUACAAGCAAAGGAUGCAAUAAAAAUCCCUAUCUAUCCUAUGAUAACAGAAAUAAAAAAAUGCACUUUGUCCUUUUUCUGUAUGUCGUUAGAAAAUUUAGUAUUGAUAAAAAAACAAAAAUAUUUAGAAUCCUUAGUAAAUGAAUCUACUAAAUAUAACAUUACUCAUCCGAUUGUCCUAUUAUCUGUAACAUCUUACUCCUCUUAUGGAAAAAAGAAAAAUGAACUCCUUAUUAAAUAUGAAAAGUCUUUAAAGACAAAUACAAGAAUACAAUUGAAGAAUUGGAAAAAUUCUUUCAAUCAACAAAGUUUUGAAAUGUUUUCCAUCGACAAUUUAACUAUUGAUAUACCAUUAGAUCCCAUAUUUGAUCCUAUUCUAAAUGUUAAAGUGUACAACAAGAAAAUUAAGCAAAAAUAUUUCAUAGGAGAAACGAACAUUUCGUUAAUACCUUACUUACCAUGGAUUAAAAACUUUGAUGAAGUCUUAUAUUAUUUACAGGCACAUGACGAUUACUCAGAAACUCUAAAUAUAAAAAGCAUCGAUAGUGCAUUUAACAUUUAUAAGAAUAAAAAUGCAGCUCUUGUUAUUACUGCAAUUUCCUUAGCUGAUUGUGAACAUGCCAUAAAUUUAAAAGAAGAGCUAAAAAAAUAUGAAAAUGAUGAUGACGAGUUAUGGAAUAAAAUACCGCUUUUUAAAAACAUCGAGGCGGGAGAACGUAAUCAAAUAUAUGAUAAACACAAAGCGGGAGGAGAUAAUUCGGACCCUAGUUAUUACCCUCGUGGUGUUGGCAGUAGCGCGUGCAGGCCUUACCCGGAAAACGGAGCGAUGCAGAACAUUGGCAUGUACAACAAUGCCAUGUACAACUAUGGAAUGCAAAACUAUGGAAUGCAAAACUAUGGAUUGCAAAACUAUGAUAUGCCCAAUAGUGGAAUGCAAAGCAGCGACAUGCAAAACAACAACAUGCAAAACAACAACAUGCAGAACAACAACAUGCAGAACAACAACAUGCAGAACAACAACAUGCAAAACUUUGGAAUAGAUAACUAUGAUAUGCAAAACUGUGGUAUGCAGAACAACUGCAUCAUGAUCAACAACAUGCACAAGAACAAGAUGCACGAUCCGUCCGAUUACGGCAUGGUAAACUACAGCUGCAACUACGCCACUAAUAAUAUGGAGAGUUUUUUUCCCAACAUGGGUGGUAAGGCAGCUAACCAUUUUUAUAACAUUGGUCCAUAUAACAAAAUUAAUAAUCAGUUUUAUUCCUACUAUGAAAAGAGGAAAAAAGAUAUAUAUAAUAUAAAAUACCAAGACACUAUAUACAAAUUAUAUGAUGAUGGAGUUCCUGAAGCUAUAAAAUCAACAUAUAAUGUAAAAAAUUAUCCAUAUAUAAAAAUUUUGACAAGUAAAUUUAUUCUAAAUGUGUAUAUUCCUCCAAGAUUCAUUUUAUAUUGUGAAGGAGAUAAAUUAAAUAUAGAAAAAUAUGUAAAAAAUGCUCAUCGUGUAUCUGUUGAUGGAAUUUUAGAAAAUUAUCUUGAUGAUAUAUUAAUACCUUCAAUACCUUUAAAAAAAAAGUGUAAUAUAUUUUUAGCAAAUAGUAUUAAGGAAAACAAAAUAGAAAAAGAAGGAAUUUCUUUUGGUUGUUUUGACAAGUUCCCAUUUGUAGAAAUGUUAGGAGGACAAAUAAAAUGUUUUGCUAAAAUAAAAUAUAGAAAUCUAGUAUCUGAAAAUAUUCCCUUAAGUCUAAAACAUAUAAAUAGCCAAAAUACAUUUAGAAAUACAUUUAGGGGUAGUAAAAAAAUACCAUUAUACUUAAAAAUUAGAGUAUAUGUAUUAAGAGGUCUAGGCAUCUAUGGCGUAAAUCAACAAUAUACAGCCAAUCCUUACUUAAUAUUUUCUUUAGGUGAAAAAACCUCCAAUUUAAGAAAUUCAUAUAAAGAGUGUAAUAUGAACCCAGAUUUUCGUUGCCUAUGGGAAAGUGAAGCAAUAUUUCCGGAGGACGAAAUAUUAACUAUUAGUGUAUAUAGUGCUGAAGAUGGGUAUGAUAAACAAAUAAAUGAUAUUUAUAUUGGAUCUACAGAAAUUAAUUUGUUUGAUAGGUGGAUGAGUAAGGAAUGGAGGCACAUGAUGAAGCGAAAUAAAGUACCAGUAGAGUACAGGCCGUUAUAUAAUAACCACUUAAAGGGGCAAAAUAGCGUAUCCGCCAACAACGCUACUUCUACGGUUACAGCUGCAGUUACUGCUACUUCCGCUGCUAGUACUGCCAAUUAUACUAAUAAUGGUAUAUAUAGCGGCUUAUAUAGUUGGAAUAACAUUUUUUCCUUUUUUGAUUUUUUUGCAUACCUUAUGAAACCAGCUGCUGGGACUACUGCUGGACACUCAUUCAGCAUGUACUACUCCAAAAAAGAACACAAUUUUUGGACAAAUCACCAGAGGAAUAAUAAUGGUAUAUUAGAAAUGUGGGUAGAAAUCAUGGAUUAUGAACAAUCGAAAAAAAUACCCAUACAUAAAAUGAUGGCCCCUAAAAAAAUGGACAUAGAAAUAAGAAUAAUAAUAUGGAAAUGCAUUAUGAUAGCAAAUGAGGAGAAUAUAAAUAAAACAUUUGACUUAACUAUUUCAGCUGAAUUAGACUGUAUUACAUAUAAAGGCAAAAAUGCCCUUGUACAAACAACUGAUGUUCAUUAUAAUUGUAAAACAGGAAAUGCUAUAUUUAAUUGGAGAAUCGUUUAUCCUAAUAUUAGUCAUCCAUUAAAUACAUGUUUUUUACAGCUAGCAGCAUAUAAUAAUAACAAUGUUGGGGUUAGUGAAUUUUUAGGGGAAGUCAAUUUGGAGUUAUCAAAAUAUAUACAUAAAGCAUCACAAAUUAGUAAUACUUUUGAAUUAGAUGCUGAAUUAAAAUUAAGAAAAAAAAAUGGAAAUGAAGUGGAUACGAAUUAUAAUGGUUACAUACAAGUAACUGUGCAAUUUGUUCCUCAAACUAAAGCGAAUAUAAAACCAGUCGGCUUAGGGAGAGAGGAACCAAAUAGAAAUCCAUACCUUAGGACACCUGAUAGUGGAAGAGACUGGAACGAUUUCGUAUAUUCUAUUGGCUUUAAUGAUAUAUACAAGCCUUUUUGGAGCUGGUUAAAAAUGUUUUUCAUUUGUCUCUUAAUAAUAUUGGUGUUUGUCAUGUCGUUUGUUUAUCCGUCUUUAUUAAUGUAG